AUGACUGCGCGCCAACAACACAGCGCCAGAGCCACCGUCCUCACGACCCUCGUACUCUCCAUCCUCACCUCCACUUCCGCCAAAGUCUCGCAACAUGGAAAAAGAGCUGUAAACCCUGUAUACCCCGUGAAUGGAGCGAAAUACGAUUACAUCAUUGUGGGUGCCGGUACAGCCGGCGCGACACUCGCCGCUCGUCUUUCCGAAGAUCCCUCCGUCACCAUCGCUGUUCUUGAGGCAGGAAACAAUCAACAGGAUCUUAAUCCUUACGCUUUCAUCCCUGGUGCUUGUGUGGUUGGUGUUGGCGCUGAUCCUAAGGAUACUCAGCCCGUGAAUGAUUGGGGGCCGAUUACGCAGCCUCAAAUGGGUGCGGCGAAUAGGAGCUUGCAUUAUGCUCGAGGGAAGGGAGUCGGCGGGUCGUCAAUCAAGAACUUCAUGGUGGGGAUCGUGAAAUUGGUGGGGACGUUCUUUCAAUGUUUCGUCACCUGACCACAGGCUCGUUCGUUUUGAUAACAGAUCUACCAACGCCCGGACCGCACCGCUUUCGAGUCGUGGCAACGCGCCACGGCCGACGAGGCUUCACCGGGUUGGGGUUGGAACGACGUGUACCCUUAUUUCACGUACGCAUCUCCUUAUCUACGUUUCUGCAGCUUUUAUUAAUUAUCGACCGUUCUGCCCCCUCUCCAGAAAGAGUGUCACGAUCACUCCAGCCAAUGAUGCGAUCCGAGGUGCCCAGUUCAAGCCCCGCUACAAGUAAGCUAUGUCAGCAUCGACUUUCCCUCGCAAAUGAAACUGUUAUCAACUUCAUGCCUUUUUCUUCUUCAAGUCCCCAAGCUUUCCCCGAGACCAACCCCUCGAAGGCUCCACUCCCUCUCACCUGGGCCAACUUUGCCUUCAACUACAGCGCGACCCUCACCGAUGCCUACAACGAAUUGGGCUACUCCCCCGCGUCCGACUUCUCGUCCGGUACGCUCAACGGGUAUGCCUACAACCCGUCCACAAUCAACCCUGCCAAUGGUCAUCGUGCGACGUCACAAAUGUUUAUCAAAAAUGCACAACUCGGCUCAGCCGGGAGGAACCUCGUGGUCGCGACCCAGGUGCUCGCCAAAAGGAUCAACUUUGACGCCAAUAUGAAUGGUAUGCUCCUCAAAGAAACGGUACACCUCAUGGCAAUCAAUCGCUAAUUUCUUAACCCUUGUAUAUCGCACCUACCCAGCGGUUUCGGUCACUUUCACCAACUUUUACGGUACCUUCGAGAAGACGAUCUUUGCGAACAGGGAAAUCAUCAUCGCUGCAGGCGCUUUCCAAAGUCCUCAACUAUUGAUGGUGUCCGGCAUCGGUCCCAAAGAGCAUCUCGCUCAAUUUGGGUAACUCUGACGGCAGUCUCUCAAUCCUUGAACACUCGCCAAUUACUCACGCCCUAUAUUUGGAAUUGCGCAGAAUCAAGCCACUUGUCGAUUUGCCUGGAGUCGGCCAAAACCUCCAAGACCACGCAUUCUUCUCCCCAGGCUACGAGAUCAAAAACAAUAUUUAUAAUCUCGGUGCUCAGACCCAACCUGCCAAUUUAGGACGUGCCGAAGGGCAAGUCCUCAAUCACAACCUCGGUUCACUCACCAAUCCGGUCUCGGACCACAUCGCCUGGGGUCGUAUGGGCUCCGGCUUCUUCAAGGAACAUCCUGCGGCGGCUGCAAUCAACGACCCCAAAAAGCAUGGAAAGCUGUCCCCACAUUACGAGUUGAUCUCCUCGGCGGGAUUGACCGGCGAUUUCAGCAACCUGAAUAAGAUGAACUCGGUUCUCGCCGCUCAGAAGCCUCCGCGUCUCUUCUAUGCUCUUUUGGGCGCAUUGGUCGCUCCGCUUUCACGAGGUCAGUGCGCGCGGCCUCUCUCUCGGGGCCCGGAUCCAAGCGGGUGGGGCAUUGAUAACCCUGAGCUUUUGAGCAGGUACCGUCACCCUAGCUUCGGCCGAUACGAAGGUCUACCCCAAGAUCGAUCCGAACUGGAUCACCCAUCCUGGGGACAAGGCGGUGGCGAUCGAAAUUUACAGGAAGAUCCGCCGCAUUUUCAAUACCCGAGCUUUCAGGGCCGUCAGGGCCAAUGACGAGGAGUACUACCCUGGUACAUUCUUCGGGUGGUCGGUUCACUUCACAGAAACUGCACUGAUCUCAUCACCUCGACCUUAGGUCUCAACGUCACGACUAACGCUCAAAUCCUUCAAACGAUCCAAGCUUCGGUCCAAACGGUUUGGCAUGCAGCAUGGUCAGUUAGAGGCCGCCCCUGUGCGUUUGAUUUACUAAUUCGAUUGUCGUAAUUUGUAGCACCUGCGCCAUGGGUGCUCGUUCAAAAGGCGGGGUGCUUGACCCCUAUCUCCGGGUCCACGGUGUGAACCGUCUCCGUGUCGUCGACGCCUCAGCGUUUCCUAUGCUCCCUCCUGGACACCCUCAAUCGGUCGUGUGUAAGUAGACUUACUAACCCAACAUCUACAUGAUACCCAGAUCCCAAGCUGACCAUGCCGAUUUUCACGAUCAGACAUGCUUGCUGAACGUGCAGCCGAUUUUAUCAAAGAGACCCGCACGGGGGUGCGCAUCCCUCCUCACCAGGUCACACUCCCCACAGGCGAUUUCGGGGCUCCUUACACCGGUAAUUAA